ACAGUGAAGAAAUUCUAAGCAGUGAUUUAAAUUUUAAUCCCGAAAUUAACCAAAAAUAGGCUUUGCUUUACGGAAGAAUUUUGCAAAUAUUUUCGCCAAAACAAGAAAAGAUCUCCAGAUGAAAAUAGAUUUUCACCGAGACUUGCUUUAUCAUUUUCUAUCUUUGAUAAUGUCCAACACUACAUAAUCACUCAAGUGUUUGAAUGACUGCCAAGGUUGCGCGAAAAAAUCGCCGUAUCAUCAUCACUUGAAUUAGUUGCGCUCUUGCUUUCAUAGAAGGAAGACUUCUGAAUCUUCUUCCUAUUUUCUUCUUCUGUGAAAAUAUUUUUUUUUUGUGUGAAAAAUGAAAUUUCUUCUCCUUUUGGGCUUAUUGCCAUGUUUCGUAAAUUCAGCGAAUAUUCUUGUUCUUGAAACCACUGCCUCUCCAAGUCAUCAUAUCUGGAUGAAAACUUUGCUGAUGGCUCUAGCUGAACGAGGGCACAACAUUACAUCCCUUUCACCGGAUUUUGUGAAGGAAAAAAUCCCAAAUCUUCACUACAUUCACCUGGAGAAGGUCUACGAUGUCCUUUACGACACAUCGAGUGACGAUCAUACUGAAGAUUUGGAUUUCUUCGCAAUGGGCGAUAUGAAUGCUUUUGCACAGUACAUGACUUUCAUUAGCUACACGAAGCAAAGCUUAAAAGGGAUCUUGUUGUCUAAAGGAUUCAAGCAACUUCUAGAUUAUCCUGAUGAUUUUAAGGUUGAUCUAAUUAUUCACGACUACGUGUCAGGACCAAUGGUGAUUAAUUUUAUGGAUAAAUUUGGGAAUCCUCCAUUGAUUGCUGCAACGGCCUUCUUCUCAUCGAGCCUUGCAAGUGAACUCGUGGGUGGAAUCCUUGCGCCAUCCUUUGUACCCUACCCUCUAGUUGAUAUAAGUCUCAAGACAUUCUGGGGUAGAGUAACAAACUAUCUCCUCGUUUUCUACGAUAGAUUUUACAGAAAACACAUAAUUGCAACAGAAACGAAUAAACUCGUCAAAAAGGACUUUCCCAAAGGAACAGACGUUAAUGAAUUGGAGAAGAGGACAAAGCUUGUCCUCCUCAAUAAACAUCCAGCUUUGGAUAUAAAUGAGCCCAUUAUGACGAAUGUAAUCUCAGUUGGGGGGCUUCAAAUUCAACGAAAUAAAGGACUCCCGAAGGAUCUUCAGGAAAUUAUGGAUUCAGCCAAGGGUGGAGUGAUCCUCUUCUCCCUGGGAACAAAUUUAAAGAGCGCCCUUCUUGGUCAGGAACGACAAACUGAAAUCCUCGAAGCUUUCAGAGCUUUGCCUCAGUACACAAUUAUCUGGAAAUUUGAGGCUGAAUCAUUGCCCGUUGAAGUCCCUAAGAAUGUUCUGAUACGCAAAUUUGUCCCACAGAGUGAUCUCCUGGCUCAUCCCAAUCUCAAGCUCUUCAUCAGCCACUGUGGGCUGCUAAGUACUCAGGAAGCUGUCUGGCACGGCGUCCCCAUUCUUGGGCUUCCAGUCUUUGCAGAUCAGCACAUCAAUUUGAAGCUGAGUGUGAAAAAUGGAGUAGCUGAAGAAGGAAAUUUGGGAAAAAUUGAGCGAAAUUCUUUCCGAAAACUCAUUGAGAAAAUGAUGAAGGAUCCAAAGUACAGGGAAAAGGCAAAUAUUCAAUCGAAAAUCUUUAGAGAUCAGAAGGAGACUCCUCUGGAGCGGGCAGUUUGGUGGACAGAGUAUGUUCUCAGGCAUCCCGACAUGACUUUCAUGAGAUCGGAGUCUUUGGAUCUCAGUCUACCAAUUAGACACUCCUGGGAUGUUCUGGCUUUCUUCUUCUCCGUCAUUUUGGGGGUUUUAUUGAUACUCCUUAAGAUUUCUUGUCGCAUUUUUAGGAGUCUCUGUUCAAAUACAAAUUCCGUUAAACAUAAAAGAAAAUACUCCACAAUGAAAUUCUUCCCAAUUGUAAUCGUUUUCUUGCUCCCAAUCCUUGUGCACGCAGCCAAUAUCCUUGUGCUGGAGCCUGUUCCAUCUCCUAGUCACCACAUUUGGAUACGAACUCUGACAACAGCCUUAGCAGCCAGGGGUCACAAUGUAACGUCCAUUUCCCCUGAUAUUGAGGAAAACACCCCGGAAAAUCUUCACUACCUCCAUUUGGACAGAGUUUACGAGGUCCUGUAUAAUCCAGAAGAUGAGGAUUUUGGUGAAGAAAUGGAUUUUUUCGAGAUGGGAAAAAUCAAUCCUUAUCUGCAGAUGUUAAUGUUCUUUGAUUUUCCCGUCCAAACUAUGAAGGGAGUGCUUAAAUCCACAGGAUUCCAUCAACUUCUUGCCUAUCCUGAUGAUUUUAAGUUUGAUUUGGUGCUUUAUGAUUUUCUUAUGGAUGGAGCUAUGCUACCAUUUGUGCAGAAGUUCAACUACUCUCCAGUUAUUGCCCUAACUGCCUUCUUCUCUGUGGAAUUGGCAUCUUCAGUCAUUGGAGGGACGCUCAAUCCUUCCUACGUUCCAUAUGGAAUCAGCAAAGGAGACUUGAGUGGAUUCUGUGGGCGUUUGGAUAAUUUCCUCUUAAGUCAUUUGGACUACUUUCUCAGGGAGUAUUUUACAUCACCGAAAAUCAAUCAAAUGAUAAGAAAAGAAAUUCCAUGGGCUAGAGAUAUUACGGAACUCAAUCAAAUCGCUAAGAUUGUCCUACUAAACAAGCAUCCUGGUCUAGAUGUCAUUGAACCUGCCCUGCCGAAUGUUAUCUCCGUUGGAGGAAUGCAAAUUCAACGGAAUGAAGGACUCCCAAAGGAUCUUCAGGAAAUCCUCGACUCUGCAAAGGAAGGAGUGAUCCUGUUCUCAUUGGGAACUAACGUAAAGAGCGCAAUGUUGGGUGAUGCUCGUCAAAUAGAGCUUUUGGAAGCUUUCAGGAGUCUCCCUCAGUACACGUUCCUGUGGAAAUUUGAAGCUGAAUCCCUUCCUGUGGAAGUUCCUAAGAAUGUAAUAAUUCGCAAAUGGCUGCCUCAGAGUGAUCUUCUCGCUCAUCCCAAUCUUAAGUUGUUUAUCAGCCACUGUGGCCUUCUUAGCAUCCAAGAAGCUGCAUGGUUUGGUGUCCCUGUGCUAGGAUUUCCAGUUUUUGCCGAUCAAUUCUUCAAUCUUCAACUCAGCGUGAAAUCUGGCGUGGCUGAGGAGGGAAAUUUGGAAAAAAUCGAACGCAAAUCCUUUGCAAAACUCAUUGAGAAGAUGAUAAAGGAUCCAAAAUAUCGUGAGAAUGCAAAAGUUCGUUCAGAGAUCUUCAGGGAUCAGAAGGAAAGCCCACUGGAGAGAGCAAUUUGGUGGACAGAGUUCGUCCUCAGGCAUCCCAACAUGACAUUUAUGCGUUCGGACUCUCUCAAUUAUGGCCUAGCAAUUAGGCAAUCCUGGGAUGUCCUUGCCUUCCUAUUCUCAGCUAUUUUAAUUGGAAUAUUUAUUUUAUUGAAGAUUUCCUGCUGUAUCUGUAGAAGUUGCUCCAAGAAGAAACCAAGGAAAAGUAAAAGGGAUUAAUGAGGGAUUUCCUGACUUAUUUUCUUUUGUAAUUUAGGAAUGAAAAAGCUUUAAUUAAAAGAAAUUUUUAGAAAGAAAAAA